AUGAUUGUGGAUAGGGGCACAGAGUCGUUGGAUCACCAAUACCUCUGGAUGGCCUUUCGACCGGGUGAUCUUAUCUAUGUAUCGGCCAAAAGCCACGAAGAUGAACGGAUCUAUCGGCUCAUUUCAAUGGAAUAUAAAGGAGGGUUUAUCUCUACUUUCGAGCUCAUUUGGUCUAUCAAAGCGCUUUGUAUCGUUUCAGAUGGUGACAAGUUCAGAGAGUAUGAAGUUGAGUUGACGAUCGACCAGUUUAAUGGUAUCCGCCGGCUUCACACUCUACCAAUAUUCCCAUUGAAAUACCAUCCGGAAGCAACACGUAUCCACGCGCAGCUGCUGGAGCGAGGCAAGAAAUUCUGUCGUCUCUACAGCUCGCACUACCGCCAGUACAACGGUAUAGCCGAAUUGUCGACAAUGGUACGUACUCCAACGGUCAACGGCCGCAUUAUCAUUGACCCUAAGGCCUUCUCCCAAGCACGGCCAGCAGAGAAGUUGUACAUCCCUGCUCGUAAUAAAUUCUUCAACCCAGAAAAAGGCGACCAUCUGCGCAUGAGCGAUGAUGAAUAUACGAUAUGUAACAGUCAGGUUACCGGAUACUCACUUGGCAAUAAGAAGUGGGGCUAUUUCAGAGUCGACCUUAUUGAUGAGGUUGUAUUUAACGAGAUGGCUUUCGAUUCACUCAUCCUAGGUACCCAACUCAAGAAGCAGAUCCAAUCGCUAGUGCAGAUCCACAGCCACGAGGAGCUGAAAUUCGACGACGUCAUUCGAGGCAAGGGCAAGGGCAUUGUUUUUCUCUUGCACGGCGAACCGGGCGUGGGUAAGACACUUACAGCGGAGAGUGUGGCGGAUAACACCCGCAGGCCGCUAUUACGUCUGGAUGCCUCAAGUCUCGGGACGACAGCAGAGUCAGUGGAAAAGGGGCUGAUGGCUGCUCUUCGCUUUUCAGAAAAGUGGAAGGCCGUGGCUCUCUUGGAUGAGGCUGACGUCUUUCUCACUCAGCGCAAGGCUACAGAUCUCGAGCACAAUAGUAUCGUGUCAGUCUUUUUGCGCGUGCUGGAAUACUACGAAGGCAUUCUAUUCCUUACAACCAAUCGUGUUAGCCACUUCGACAGCGCCAUCAAAUCACGCAUCCACCUCGCAAUUCACUACCCGAAACUAUCUCGAACUAGCCGUCAAAGCUUAUGGCACCUCUUCCUAUCCCGUUCUUCUGCAGAAAGCGUGGAUUCUCUAAAGGCCGAUGGCACGCUAGAUCGGAUUGCCGACGAGGAACUGAAUGGUCGGCAGAUUAAGAACGUAGUGCGACUGGCAUACUCGCUAGCAUUGAGUGAGAGUUCAUUAAUCAAAGCUCAUCAUAUUAACAUCGCUCUUGAACCGAUGAAGAAUUUUGAGAAAGACUUUAAAACUGGAACCGGGGAUUUUGAGAGGCAGAGAGCUGUCACUGACUCGGACGAAGAUCAAGAACGGCCUACUAAACGUCGUCGGCACUAG